CAGCUUUCAUCAGAUUUGGGCUCGCAUCCAUUUGCUGGUUUCAGCAGCAUCUUCUUCUCAGAUUCCACACUCGAGGGCAGAGAACAUGCUGUGGGCAAGUUUUGUAGGUGUGGUGGCUCUCCUGUCUCAACCUACAGGAGGAGUGAUGCCAUUUUCGGUGACAGAUUGCUCGUCCAGCAGGCCAGUGCUGACGACCUCUGACGUCAUGGUCAUACCCUACCCUGUCCAAGUACCCGGGAAAGUGACCGCAAGGGGUAGGAUCGUCCUCAAUCGUCCAGUGGAAGGCGACCUGACGUUGGAGGUGACAAUGAAGAAGCAUGUGAAGUGGAAUAUAUGGACGCCUGUUCCGUGCGUGGGCAACAUUGGGAGCUGCUCUUAUAAAAAUCUCUGCACGAUGUUGCCUCGUCUUCCAUCGAAGGUAAAGAUCCAGACCCCAGACUCCGCAGGACUGGAAUGUCCCUUACCCGCCGGUGAGUACAUCCUGAACCCGAGUGUCUUCACGAUUCCAGAGUUUACAGGACCACUUUCUUGGCUGGCAAAGGGGGACUUCAGGCUGACAGCCAAGCUUAUAGACGACAGGACUGGUGAAGAACUUGGAUGUCAACAGGUAGAACUGACGAUAACCUAGCCUCCUCGGAAAUGAUGAUAUAAAGGCCGACAAGUUUUCCCCUGCGUUCAACCCUCGUCAAACUGCUUACUUUAUUCUUCUGUAUUGUAUCUACAAAACAAGCGAGAUCACUCUGUAAAAUUGUUUUGUUAUUUAUAAGAGUUUGAUGAAGACUACAUAAACCUUUGACUAUUUCUCUCUUUUUUCUUCUUUUCUUAGUUAUCUUAUGCCUGUCAGUUUUGAUUCAUGUAUUACAGUUUUUGAACUGCAUUGAAUUGCAUUGUCUGUUGAAGAAAUUAAAACUGAUCCAACCUUUCAAAAA